AGCUCGCCUCAUUGGGACGCCAUGGCGACGUCGCCGGCGACGCAGGCCUGGCUACUUGUGGCAUCCGAGGGUCGCCAAGGCGAGUAGCCAUGGCAUCUCGACAGUCAGUUCGUGCCAUCUCUCAAGAAUGGACGCAGAAGAAAUUGCACUUCUUUGUUAUAUACGUCGCAGAAAAAUGAAAAAAGAAAAGAAAAAAAAGAAACUAUGGGUUAAUCCUUUUAUAUCUGAUCGAAACCGAAGUGGCAUUUUUUUUAAACUGUAUGGUGAUUUACGAAAAUCUCCUGAAAAGUUUUUCAAUUACACAAGAAUGUCAAUAGCAUCUUUUGACGAAUUAUUAAACUUAUGUAGAAACGAUUUAACUAAACAGGAUACGAUAUUUAGAAAAUCGAUUAGUGCGGCAGAAAAACUAUUUGUGUCAUUGAGGUAUUUUGCGUCAGGAUGUUCACUCAUGGAACUUUACUACAACUACAGACUCGGUCAUACAACAAUUUGCACAAUAAUUAGAGAAGUAUGUAGCGUUAUAUGUCAAUAUUAGGAACAGUUUAUAGGUCUUCCAAAGACAGAAAAUGAUUGGGAAAAAGUUGCAAGAGGAUUUGAAACAAUCGCAAACUUCCCUCAUUGCAUCGGCGCCAUUGACGGGAAACACAUGAGAGUAAUAAAACCGAUGCAUACUGGAUCACUAUAUUUCAACUACAAGCAUUAUUUUUCAAUUGUACUACUUGCUCUGUGUGACGCUAAUUACAAUUUUCUUUAUAUAGACGUUGGAGCGUAUGGAAAAAGCAGCGAUUCAGCAAUUUAUAAAGAUAGUGCUUUAUAUAAUAAUCUCAUUAACCAAUCUUUACCUGUUCCUGCGGCAAACCCAUUGACAGAAAACGGUGACAAUGUUCCAUACGUAAUAGUGGGAGAUGAAGCUUUUGCGUUACAUGGAAACCUCGUGAGACCAUAUGGAGGAUACAAUCUUAGUUACAAGCAAAAAAUAUUCAACUACCGAUUAUCAAGAGCACGCCGAUAUAUCGAAUGUACAUUUGGGAUUUUAUCUAACAAGUGGAGGAUUUUUCACAAGCCCAUGAAUGUACAUAUAGACUUGGCAAAAGCGAUUGUAAGGACAUGUUGCAUAUUGCACAAUUUUGUACGUUCAAGAGAUGGCUAUUCUUACGAAGAUACUCUAACGGUAACAGGACUUGAACCAGGUACAAGUCGAAAUCGCGAUAGAGGAGGAAGAACGGCACUCACAGUUAGAGACAAAUUAGCAGAUUAUUUUGUUACUGAAAAUCCAUUACCAUGGCAAGACAAGUAUGUAUAAAUGAAAGUUAAUAAAUGUACCGACAUUUACUCACCUAGUUGUUUUUUUU